UUGCAAGACUUGACCACUUCUCUCUCUACUCCUCCAGUAGUUGCGGGAAUUGACACCUAUUGCCUUAAUCCAAUCGAGGGGAGAUAGAGAGCUUCUUCUGAUUUUCUUUUAGGAUUCAGUCUUACAGAGGAUGCUGCUGCUGAUUGAAGAAUAGUCAACUCCAGCCCACCUCUAAAGCACCAACCUUUCUUUGACUUCUGUUAAUUACUUUUCCAAUUUUUUCACUUCUUUCACGGCCGCCCCCCAAGAACGCUGAUGAAUGCGGAGCCGAAUCACCACCUUCGGCACUCCCCUGCCGGCGGCGCUGCCGCUGGUGGGCCGGAGCUGGUCAGGACUUACAAGACCUGGAAAGGCAGCAAUAUAUUUUUCCUUGGUGGAAGGCUUAUAUUUGGACCCGAUGUCAGAUCUCUUCCGUUAACAGUAUCCCUCCUUACUGUGCCUGUUGCAGUUUUCUGCAUCUUUGUAGGAAGAAAACUAAUUGAUCACUUGGGAAUUUCAGUAAUUAUUGCUGUUUGCGUAUGGACGCUACUUGUUUUGGUUUUUCUUCUACUAACCUCAGGAAGAGAUCCUGGUAUAGUACCUCGUAAUCUUAACCCUCCAGAGCCAGAGGAUUACGAUGCGAGUAUAGAGAGUGGGUCUAGUGAAUCACAACAGUCACGUUUUCCACGCAUGAAGGAAGUAGUUAUCAAUGGUAUUACUGUGAAGAUCAAGUUUUGCGACACCUGUAUGCUUUACAGACCUCCUCGUUGUUCUCACUGUUCCAUAUGCAAUAACUGCGUGCAGCGAUUCGACCAUCACUGCCCUUGGGUUGGCCAAUGUAUUGGAUUGCGGAACUACAGGUUCUUCUUCAUGUUCGUCUUCUCUGCAACUCUUCUUUGCUUAUAUGUACAAGGGUUUUGCUGGGUCUACGUUGUGAGGAUCAUGCACGGCGAGGAUAUAUCAAUUUGGAAGGCGCUAAUUAAGACUCCCGCCUCCAUUGGGCUCAUUAUUUACAGUUUCAUUGCCUUUUGGUUUGUCGGCGGUCUUAGUAUGUUCCACUCAUAUCUCAUCAGUACAAACCAGUCUACCUAUGAAAACUUUAGAUACCGGUACGAUGGACGAGAGAACCCAUUCAACAAAGGGACAAUGAAGAACUUCAUGGAGGUAUUCUGCACAAGAAUUUCUCCAUCCAAGAACAAUUUCAGGGCAAAAGUUCCAAAAGAUCCUGAAGUUCUUCCUACACCAGUCGGCGCCAAUUUUGUUAGUCCUGUCAUAGGGAAAGCCAUGAGUGACAUAGAGAUGGGGAGGAAGCCAUUAUGGAAUUACGCUUCAGGAGAGAUGCAUGAUUAUGAAGGACAAUUCAGCAACGAUGAUGGAGUAAACAAGGACGCCGCAGUGAGCGAGGCUGAUAGGUCCCAAGAUUUAAGCAGGAGUCUCCGAACAGAGAGCACAGAGAGACACGUUGCCUCACAACCUAGACGGUCUAGCUGGGGGAGGAGGAGUGGAAGUUUAGAUAUAGCGCCCGAAGUUCUUGCUUUUGCAGCUGGAGUUGGGGAUUCGAGGCGGGUGACUGAUGGAAAUGGAAUCAACGGCAAGUUGACAACAGACAUUGGACAAUCCCGUACAAGUUUGUAAAUACUCGAUAAACAGGAAGGCGAUUAUACUAAAGAAAACAAACACGAGGAAAGGCUACGAGCUUUUGGAAAUGUUAAGCGUGUUAUAUUGUUUGUAUAUUAAGUGUGAAAUUUGAAAGAACUGCUCUCUCAAGCAGUCAAUUCUUUCCAACGUGUGCAAUGCCAUCACGAGUUUAUCUUC